AUGGACGAAGCCUAUGGCCCUCCAGUUAUACUUUCGAUGGAUGGUCGUGUUCGGUACUUGACCAUUGCCCGUGGUACAUAUGACAGAUCAACUCUGUCUAUGCCUCUGGACUCAUUGCCAGAGUUGUCUAGAAGCGACGCUUGGAACUGUGCAUACAUCAGUCGGGGUUCCUCGACUGGUGAGCUCAAAACAGAAGUAGGGAAUGAGACAGUGCCUGGAGUUCAUGAUAUUUGGCAUCCUGGAACAUUGACUUGGGAAAUAUCUCGCUUGUCGCAAGAGACUCGCAUAUAUAAGAGCCUUGAAAACACCAGCCUUGCCUCACGAUUCCUCGGGCAUGCUCAUGAACACGGUCGUGUGAUUGGGAUUUUACUAGAGAAACUUGAAGGCCGCGAAGCGAAUAUUGAGGAUCUGUCUGCUGGUAUGCCCAUUCUCAAGUACCUCCAUAAUAUCGGUAUACGCCGUGGCGACGUCAACAGAUGUAACUUCAUUAUUCAAAACGAAACGGGGAGGUUGGCUGAUUUUGAGAGAAGCCAAGCAUUUUAUGGUGAUGCAGCGUCUUUGGAAGCUGAGAUAGAGAGUCUAAUUGAUCAAUUAAAUGAGUGUGCAGGACGCGGUGGAGGAUUUCAGUUCAAGGAAGCAUAAACACGAAGUGAGAGGCCAAAUGAUUCAAGAUAUAUGAUAAAAUAUGUUACAAUUAUGGAGAGAGUGUCUCGUAUUUCAAUUAACUACUUUUUGGACGUCCAGAAGGAAGAGAAUAUGAAUCUCAACCGUAAAAUACCAGUCAGGGACACAUCUGAAAGCUGUAACCAAAUAUCAUAAUACCAUUAUUUUACAGCCACACGAUAUAUUAAGGGAAUAGAAUACUAUAUACCCAAGGUCUAACUAAGACUUGCUCGAGACCUAAGCGCAAGUAUAUACCGAUAGCCUUAACAAUAGACAUGUCUCUCUAAGAC